AUGGCGUCCUUACAGCAGAGCAUCUUACAAGCAGUAAACAAAAUGGAUUCCACACGGACGACUAUUGUGCAAGAUAUAGUUAACGAACUGGAGCGCAGGGCUAUCGGUGCUGGCACUGUCACUUAUAAUGGUCUAAACGACAUGAUCAUGAGCGCUGUUCAGCACUCAACUACGACAUCAAAGGGGAGGAAACGCCGUCGUGGACAGCUCCUCUGGCAAAAUCUUCCGGCGGUUCCCGUCGCAGCACUCGGACUUUGUGCACGACAUGAGCUUCGACUUCUACGGGAAGCGAUUGGCCACGUGCAGCUCGGACCGCAAAAUCAAAAUCUGGGAGGAGCACGGCCAGGACUGGCGCCUCGAGUACGAGUGGAACGCGCACCAGGCUAG